AUGGUGAUUGCAAAUUUGAGUUGUGGUGGCACGGUUUCGAGAGCCUUAACAAAUAAACACAGUCGGAAAUGGGCAUUUUCUUCGAGCCAUUCAAGAGAAUUUCGCGGUUUUCUUGCGAGAGGGACGAGAAAUGUGGAGGUUGUUGUUGGGCGUUGUUCUCUGUCCUUGGACAAUACAAGAGGGUUUUUGAGUUCAUCAAUUUUCCGUCAUAGGAAGCCUAUAUUUUCGAGGUUCGACAGUCGGUUGAGAGGCGUGCAAUCCUAUAAUUUUGAGGAGAGUUCUGUCAUCGAAGAGGAAAGUCUUCCCGAAAAUUUGAGUCUACUUAAUGAGUUGAACGGGACUGUUUCUUCUGGAAUCAAUGAAAGUAAUAGCACGUUGACAGAAGUUCCUGCUAGUACAUCUCAAUCGAAAGAAGCUAUCGAUGAGCUUAUAAUGCUGUCUUUACCAGCACUUGCGGGGCAGGCCAUUGAACCACUCGUACAAUUGAUGGAGACUGCAUUUAUUGGCCGUCUGGGUUCUGUGGAGUUGGCUUCUGCUGGUGUCUCUAUAUCUCUCUUUAAUAUAAUCUCAAAACUCUUUAAUAUUCCUCUCCUUAGUGUUGCUACUUCAUUUGUGGCUGAGGAUGUUUCAAAGAAUGCAAGAAGAUUAUCCGCGGCAGAUGAAGAGGAAGGUGCCCAUGGAAAAUCUUUCAUACUUGCCACGGAAAGGCUGCAGCUAUCUUCUGUAUCCACAGCCUUACUACUAGCUGCUGGCAUUGGCAUCUUUGAGGCUAUGGCCCUGUCUUUAGGAUCUGGACAGCUUCUCAGUUUGAUGGGCAUAUCACGGGCUUCUUCUAUGCGUGCUCCAGCACAACAAUUUCUUUUUCUGAGGGCUAUUGGUGCUCCAGCAUUUGUUGUAUCUUUGGCUCUUCAAGGCAUUUUUCGUGGUUUUAAGGAUACUAAGACGCCUGUAUAUUGUUUAGGCUUUGGAAAUUUUACUUCUAUAUUUCUAUUCCCUUUACUUAUAUAUUAUUGUCAACUGGGUGUUUCUGGAGCUGCCAUUUCUACAGUUAUAUCACAAUACAUCGUCGCUUUUGCAAUGAUCUGGUGUCUGAGUAAGAGAGUGGUGUUAUUGCCUCCGAAACUUGGAAACCUGCAAUUUGGUGGUUAUCUAAAAUCAGGUGGUUUUCUUAUUGGGAGAACUCUUGCUGUCCUUCUGACACUGACACUCGGUACUUCAAUGGCUGCUCGUCAGGGUCCUGUAGCAAUGGCUGCUCACCAAAUAUGCGUACAAGUCUGGCUGGCUGUAUCCCUUCUCACAGAUGCACUUGGUACAUCAGCUCAGGCCUUGGUUGCCAGUUACAUUUCAAAAGAUGAUUACAGGACUGUGAAGGAUGUCACGCAUUUCGUGUUAAAGAUAGGAUUUGUUGCUGGUGUUUCCUUAGCUGUGAUUUUGGGUGUUUCUUUUAGUUCUUUGGCCCCUUUGUUUACCAAGGAUGUUGAAGUUUUAAGAGUUGUUAAAACUGGUGUUUUGUUUGUAAGUGCCAGUCAACCUAUGAAUGCACUAGCAUUUAUUUUCGAUGGUCUCCAUUAUGGUGUUUCGGACUUCCCUUAUGCGGCACAUUCUAUGAUGCUGGUGGGGGCAAUAUCUUCUGCAUAUUUGCUAUGGGCUCCUACAGUUUUUGGUCUUCCUGGUGUUUGGUCAGGCUUGACUCUCUUCAUGGGAUUACGGAUGAUGGCAGGAAUUAUCAGGUUAAUGUCGAAAGAUGGCCCCUGGUGGUUUCUGCAUGGUGAUGUGAACAAAGCCAAGGUUAGCUUUUGA